AUUACGCAUGGUCUCGUCGCCGACUCAUGUUGGCUGCUCCGUCUUUCGGUUACAUGAAUGAAAUCUCAGUUAAACAUGUAAAAUCUCUUGGACAAUCUAAACUACCCGCUGCGGAAGAAACUACGAUAAGAAGCCAUUCUCGCAUAUCGAAACGACACCGGUUUAACGCAUCUAUCUGAAGUAUUACGGAUGCAUUGGUUAAGUUACAUCACUUGUCAGUAUUUAGACAUUUUAUUAGCAUAUGUUAUGAGAUUUACUCCGGAGUAAAGGCACAGAAGUGGCGAAUGAGGAGCAGAGGCGCUGCUCGAGCAAACAGCUGAGAGGAUUUUGAGUGAAAUCGUCGUCAACAUGAUAUCUCGUCAGGGUAAGGAGUUUCUGGUCAGGAUCGCCGGUUACUGGAAGCCGCUUUUCAGAGGCAGAUUUCUGAUCGUCACCAAUACGGUAAGCUGCGGGGGAAUGCUGGCGGCAGGAGACCUCAUCCAGCAGACCCGAGAGAUCCGGAGGACACCCGGCCGAACACGUGACUGGUCGCGGACAGGUUGUAUGUUUGCUGUGGGAUGCUCUAUGGGCCCCUUCAUGCACUAUUGGUACCAGUGGCUCGACAAAUACUUCAUUGGCAAUGGCAUAAAUAAUGUCUGCAAGAAAGUGCUCGUUGAUCAGCUGGUUGCGUCGCCAACGUUGGGGGCCUGGUACUUUUUGGGUAUGGGAAUGAUGGAGGGUCACACUUUCAUUGAGGCGCAACAGGAAUUUAGAGACAAAUUUUGGGAGUUUUACAAGGCCGAUUGGUGUGUUUGGCCAGCAGCUCAGAUGAUAAAUUUCUACUUCCUGCCACCCAAGUUUCGUGUCCUUUAUGUGAAUAUAGUUACUCUGGGAUGGGACACUUACCUCUCCUACCUCAAACACAGAGACACAGUAGAGGUCACAAAAGAAGCUGACGGAACCGCCUGAAGAUGUCUGACCAGCAUUAAACACACACAUUUAAAUAAAUGUUAUUCUGGAGACUGUUAAUCGACAGCUUACUGUCUGUAAAUUUCUUAUAACAGAUUAAAUCCUGUAAAUAUUGGUAGAUUGCACAUUUUGCUUUAUAUUUGUUUUUAAAUUAUACAGUGUAUUGAAACAUUUUAAAACAAAUGUAAUUGUCCAAAAUCUGUGUAUUUGUGACAUACGCUGGGCAAUUUUAAAAAAAAUAAAUCAUUCUGUUUACUUUAUAUACACAUGAUUUUAUAGUAGAACGUUUUUUAGUUCUUUUACUAUAAAUACUGAUGUUUUCAGUUUGGUCAAGCAUGUUUAUAAUCAAAAUAAUGCCAAAAUUAUUUUCCUAUAUAUAUUUGAGAAAUGCUUUAUGUAACAUAAAUGACAUAGACAGUAAUCUUACUGUUGAUUGUUGCUAUUAUGAUGUUCAAGAAUUGCCUUUACAUGCAAAUUUUUUCCUAGUAAUAUAAUUUUUUGAUGAUUAAUGUAUCUAGUGCUUUUGAUUUUUGACUACUUGGAUUUGUUUAUUUAAUGGAAGGAAAUAAACAUUUUUUCGUGCGUGUGA